UUCUGCAGUCGUUCAAACAGUCGCCCCUGUGAUUUGCGCAUGCUCCCUGUGUCUCCUUCACUGUGCCCUAUCUUUGCCAGGCCGGCAGAUGCUAGCUUUGACAGGGUGAAAAAGGACCAGACGCUUUGCAGAUAUCCAUCUCUCCUUGCUUCACAUCAUAAAAUCGGUACAAUGGCUGUUCCUCCUUCAUACUCAGACCUGGGCAAGGCUGCCAAGGACAUCUUCAGCAAGGGCUAUGGCUUCGGCAUCGUGAAGCUGGACUUGAAGACCAAGUCUCAGAGUGGAGUGGAGUUCAACACAUCAGGUUCCAGUAACACAGACACAGGGAAGGCAGCUGGUAACCUGGAGACCAAGUACAAGAUGAAGGAGCUGGGCCUGAGCUUCAAUCAGAAGUGGAACACCGACAACACUCUGGCUACAGAGGUCACUGUGGAGGACCAGCUGGCUCAGGGACUCAAGCUGGCUCUGGACACAUCCUUCGUACCAAACACUGGCAAGAAGAGUGGCAAGCUGAAGACUGGCUACAAGCGUGACUUCCUUAAUGUGGGCUGUGACGUCGACUUCGAGGGUCCCAUCAUCCACGCAGCCGCAGUGGUGGGCUAUGAGGGCUGGCUGGCCGGGUACCAGAUGGCCUUUGACACGGCCAAGUCCAAACUGGCCCAGAACAACUUCGCCCUGGGAUACAAGGCUGGAGACUUCCAGCUCCACACCAACGUUAACGAUGGGACUGAAUUUGGGGGUUCUAUCUACCAGAAGGUAGAUGACCAGCUGGAGACGGCGGUCACUCUGGCCUGGACGGCCGGCAGCAACAACACACGCUUCGGCAUCGCAGCCAAAUACGCUCUAGACAAAGAUGCUUCCCUGUCUGCCAAAGUGAAUAACGCCAGCCUGAUUGGAGUCGGUUACACCCAGAGCCUCAGGCCAGGUGUGAAGGUGACUCUGUCAGCCCUGAUCGAUGGGAAGAACUUCAACACCGGCGGUCACAAGGUUGGCCUGGGCUUCGAGCUGGAGGCAUAAAGCAGGAACAAGACCCACCAACCAAGAGAAGAGCUCAGAACCAAUCACACCUCUAUUCCCAACCACAUGCAAACCCUACCAAAGCCCUUAUCCAAAACCAUCUUCAUGUAGCCUCUCCAUUCCUGCACCUCUGUCUCUCUCACACACACACACACACACACACACAUUAAGUGUUUAGGCAGGAAUAGUCAAACCUGUGGCAGCCAUGUCCGUCAUGACUGAAGUAGCGAAAUAACCUGAAUGAAUACUGAGAGACAUUCUGUAAUGUCAUGGCCAUUAUAUAUUCUAGUCUUUGGUUUAGAUAGUUAGCUACCACUACCGUUCAUCUUGUUUUAAAGAACGUGUUUCAGUCUUAGAGGGGAAAGGCAGGCACAUAAGAUGGAUACCUCCCCUUUAACUGACGUUGUACAGAAACGCAGGGGAGUUGUCAUCUGACUGGUAACUGAAGGGUCACCUCUCAGUAGGGGUUUGGGGGAGUAGUCCUUGGGAAACUUGUAGCUCAUGUAUGCUUAUGUACGUUUGUGUAUAUAUUCCCCUUCGUCUUUCAUUGUAAAAAUGUCUGAAUGAAUAUCUGGGGUAGAACGGAAGGCUUGGUAAGAAUGGAAGCCUCAUGCAUUUGAUGUCCAGUGUUCCCUCUGUCGGUCUGUUUCGUUUGUAUUGGUUUGAGUAUCAAAUGUUGUAUUUUGGUUGUGCUGUUGUCAGUCGUGGACCAUGGUAUCAGUUAAACUAGGUGUGAUCAUAGGAUGUUUUAGUGAUGUUGGACAUUAUGUACGACUCCAUUGUAUGUUUUCAUAUCACGGAUGUAAACCGUUGUUGGUUUUGGUCGGCUGGGUGGAAAGAGACCGGUUAAAGCCAGAACAAACAGUUCUUACGCCAACCCUAUCUCAUUUCAGACAAUUUAUGUUUUAAUUCCUCAUUUGACUGAGGUGAGAUUUUAAUUGAGUCCAACCUUGAGAAGGAAUCCACCAUUUGACCACUGCUACCAUCUGCUGUUACUGUAACCACUGAACAAUAGGGGCGUCUGCAGUAGAGUUUCAGUAAGAUAAGUAUCGUCCACUGAAUGCAGUUCUACAUGUGUCCCGAAACACUCAAAUAUUUUCCUCUCCUUUGCUCGGUUGCCACGCUUCUGUAUAUGCCAGCUGGUAGGUGAAAAUAAUAUGGUGGAAUCUUCCAGUAGGUUAGAAUAGGUGGCAUUUCUACAGUGUUGCUUUCAUCUAUCUAGUUGAGAUCUGUAGUCACGUGAAGAGGGACAUGGACAUGGCGCUAUUUGAGAGUAUUUUGAGCGACUUAUGAGUUAGAAUUUUUGUUCAGGGAUUUCAUUUAGUCCGUUCUAAAAUGAGUGUCUUGGUGCCAUUCUAGAAUGUUGUUGCUCAUGCUACUUUGGACCGACACCCCUUCUUGGCUGCCAUCGGUCCCAUUGGAAGCCAAUCAACACUCCCUGUCAUCCCCACUCUCUGUACAUAGUAUACAUAUUCUCCUCUUAGUUUCACCACUCCUACAGUCAGAAAACACUUGAAGGGAUCAUGUCAGAGGCCGUUGUGUGGAACUCUUACCAAGUCAUAAACCAGUUAUCCAUUGAUCUUUGUUUUCUUUCCAUUUGUUGACAUAAUUCAAUCACUUUGAUUUUGUGUGUUUAGACACAGUACCACAUUUUUUCCAACUUCAAGUAAUGGAAUUCUAAUAAAUAAACACAUUGACUUGA